AUGGGGGAAACGAGGGAAACGCGAGGAAGACACGCUUUGGCGACGCAGCCUCCUGACUCCCACCACCAUCUUGCUACACACACUCUUCGAACCCACAUCCUACGCUUUCCUUCCCUACGCUUCUUCAUGCGUCUCUUCACCGCGUCCCUCGCAGUUGCGGGGCUCGCUGGCCAUGUCUUUGCUCAUCGUGUGAGCGACGGGCCAAUGCGACAACGCAAGUCUCUCGGCUUCGGGCCCGUUCACAACCACGCCGUAUAUCGCUCUAGCCCUUAUCAGGUCACGACCAAGAACUUUAAGCGCAUGGUUGAAGACACCGACCCCUUCGUCGUCGCCCAAGCCUUCGUCGAGGACAUUCUUGGUGACCAGCUUAACGAGGCCAACUCGUAUAAGAUCCGGAAGGACUCAUACACCGACCGCAACACUGGCGUCACCCAUGUCUACGUCCGCCAAGUUGUCAAUGGCAUUGAGGUCGCGGACGGCGAUAUGAACAUCAACAUCAAAGACGGAAUGGUCCUUUCCUACGGCAACUCGUUCUACCCUGGUCCGGUGCCCUCGCAUCUCAUGCAAUUACCGUUGGACGAUGACCUACGUCAUCCCCACCAAGAGUUUUGCGACAGUCUCACCGACGAAAUGGAACUUCGCUAUACCUCGCUUCAAGAUGGCCAAGUCGUCAUGGGAGGUGCCGCUGAGAUGCCUGCACCGGACUCUGGUCUGCACCAUUUGACCCACGUCCAUCAUUCCAACUGCCGUCUCCAACAUCUCCCUCUCAGAAUGGCCGCACAGUACCCUAGCAAUUUCGACGUUGAUCUGCGCUCCGCACUUUUGCAAUUUAUGGUUGCCGCUACUCCCAACGACCAAGUUGUCAACGAUAUUCUCAGCGACUACGACUCGCAUCUUUCAAAGAUGGUGGAAUAUUCAGAGGGCAACCAUUUUGCACCGUCCGACGAGUCAUCUUACAUUCUCGUUGACAACGUACCCGACACUGUCAAUCCUGUCAAGGCUAAACUCGCUUACGUUCAAGUUACCGGUAAAGAUAAUUCGAUCCACCUCAACCUUGUCUGGAAGUUCGAAGUUGAGAUGCAGGAUAACUGGUACGAGGCUGCCGUUUCCGCUGUGGCCCCUCAUCGCAUUGUCUCCGUCGUCGAUUGGGCUUCAGAUGCUGCAGUCCCCACCCCCAAGCCCGGGAAAGCUGCAACUUACAACGUUUUUGCCUUUGGUAUCAACGACCCUGAAGAGGGCAAACGCUCUAUCGAGAAGGAGAGUUUUGACCCACUUGCUUCGCCCGCUGGCUGGCAUUCGCUUCCAUACGCCAAUGACCCCUCUUUCCGUGGUGUCAAGGUCAAGGCUAAGGAUUUCUUCCGCAAUACAACCACUACUUGGGGCAAUAAUGUCUUCGCGCAGGAGAAUUGGGAAGGCCAGAAUGCUUACAUUACCAACUAUCGUCCCGAUGGUGGUGUCGACAAGGACUUUGAUUACUCCUACAAGCCCAAGGAAACUGAGAAACCCGACGCUUUAGAAGAGGCACAGAAGUUCAUCAACGCUACGGUUGCGCAACUGUUCUACACUACGAACAUGGUUCACGACUUGUACUACCGCUAUGGCUUCGACGAGGUCUCCGGCAACUUCCAGCAAUACAACUUUGGCCGUGGAGGCGAAGGGAACGACGCCGUUAUUGCCAAUGCCCAAGACGGUUCAGGCUACAACAAUGCCAACUUCAUGACACCUCCCGAUGGUCAGAAUGGUCGCAUGCGCAUGUAUCUCUGGAACACCGCACUUCCCUAUCGAGAUGGUGACUUCGAGGCCGGGAUUGUCAUUCACGAGCUCAGUCACGGUUUGAGCACGCGUCUGACCGGUGGACCAAUGAACUCUGGCUGCUUGCCUUUCGGUGAGAGCGGUGGAAUGGGUGAAGGCUGGGGCGAUUUCCUUGCAACUACGAUUCGCUCAACGGAGAACUACUCUGACUACGCCAUGGGUUCUUGGGCAGCAAACCGGCCCCAGGGCAUCCGCAAUUAUCCCUAUUCACUCAACGACACUAUCAACCCCUCGACUUAUAAGACACUUGACAAGCCUGGAUAUUUCGGUGUCCACGCCAUUGGCGAGGUCUGGGCCGAAAUUUUGUGGCACGUUUCCCAAGGUCUCAUUGCCAAGCAUGGCUUCAGCUCGACUCUCUUUCCUCCUCAGCCACUUGAAGACGGAUCCAUUCCCGAGGGUGAUUUCUAUCGUCCCAGGUCUGGUAAGAAGCCUUUGGUGCCAAAGCACGGUAAUUCCUUGGCUGUUCAGCUUGUCCUAAAUGGAAUGAAGCUCCAGCCUUGUCGUCCCGGCUUCUUCGAAGCUCGUAAUGCGAUCAUUCUGGCAGACCAACAACUGACUGGCGGCGAGAACUUCUGUACACUGUGGAAGGGCUUCGCAGCCAAGGGUCUCGGACCUGAUGCUGAGGUUGUCUUGAGAACGCCAUGGGGCGGAGGAGUACGGACUGAUGAUUUCGAGGUCCCAACCGCCUGCGGUCCUGAUGCAGAUGAAUAG